CAUUCUGCAAAAGACGCGAUAGAAUGUCUCGAUUUUGCUUUGUGCUACUUCUUUUACCAGUUCUUGCAAGAGCGGGAAAUAUCCUUCACUAUCCGUGUGUGAACUCUUAUUCUGAACCUAGACCUCUUGUGCCAAAUUGGAUAUGGGUUGAGGGAUGUGAUAAGACGGCUUGUUCUGUACCCAACGGAUCAAGCCGUACCUUACGAACAGGAUUCAAUUCACCGACAACGCAUUAUAGUCUUAAAGGAACUCUGAGGACCUUUCUCUUUGGUAUAGAAUUCGAAAUAGAGCAGCCGGAAGAACUGAAGAAUCUCUGUGAACAUGUCAUCGGAGGCUGUCCUAUUCUCCAAGGUUCAGGGGAAAGGAUCGGUGAACUUACAAUAGAGGCCAAAUCACCUGUUUCUGGUGUCACAGUUAGAGUAGAAGUAUCUGUAAUAGAUGCAGAUACCAAUGCUGUAGUCGCAUGUGCAGGUGGAGAUGUAUCAAUCAUUUAGUUUAAAUUAAGCACAUAUGUAGGUGCUAAAUUUUAA